CGCAGACGCCAUUUCCUCGGCGCCCCCGCGGCGGCGCGGCUGCAUCAGCGCUGACGUGAGGCCGACGUGCGGCUCCGCCCGGCUCGGUCCCCCCCACCCCCUGUGACGGGGGCAGCACGUACAGGGCGGCGGUGCAGGGUUUGGUAGGAGAGAAAGGGAGCCGAAGAGAUCCAAGCUCUUGUUUUAAAACUCACACCUUCCGUUAUGACUAAGUGUGCCAAGAAAUAUCGAAAAGGAGCUGUCAGGCUGAUGACCAUGGAAAUGGUUGAACAGGAUGACAAUGCAGUGGAUUCUAUGACAGAGAGAAGUGCUGGUCACCUUCAGAAUCAGCCAGGCCAAAGUCAGAUUUCCUCAGGAUCUGAGGUUUCUGUAGCUGCUUCCAGUGCUGGAAGAGGAUCUCCAGCUGUAACUCUAGUGCAGUUGCCUUCUGGUCAAACUGUUCAUGUCCAGGGUGUCAUUCAAGCCACACAGCCCUCAGUCAUUCAGUCACCACAUAUGCAAGCUGUUCAGGUAGCAUCGAUUGCAGAUGAAGCUGCACAAUCAGAAGUGAUAAUUGAUUCUCAAAAACGUAGGGAAAUACUUUCAAGAAGGCCUUCAUACCGAAAAAUUUUGAAUGAGCUCUCAUCAGAUGCUCCUGCAGUAGCGAAGAUUGAGGAAGAAAAGUCAGAAGAUGAAGGAACGCCUUCUGGUAUUUCUGCAAUGGCCAUGCCAACCAGCCUGUAUCAUACUAACACAGGGCAAUACCUUACCAUAUCUCAAGGUGGUACAAUUCAGACUGUGACAAAUUCAGGAGCUCCUCAGCCAGGCGCUACCAUUGUGCAAUAUGCAGCACAGUCAUCUGAUGGCACGCAACAGUUUUUUGUUCCUGGAAGCCAAGUUGUUGUUCAAGCUGCCACUGGAGACAUGCCAGCGUACCAGAUUCGAACUCCCACUACUACCUUACCUCAGGGAGUGGUUAUGGCAGCCUCACCAGGGACUUUGCAUAGCCCUCAGCAAAUGGCAGAAGAGGCAACGCGCAAGAGAGAGCUGAGACUUUUGAAAAAUAGGGAAGCUGCCAGAGAAUGUCGCAGAAAGAAGAAAGAAUAUGUCAAAUGUCUUGAAAAUCGUGUGGCUGUGCUUGAAAACCAAAACAAGACUCUCAUUGAGGAACUCAAGGCCCUCAAAGAUCUUUAUUGUCAUAAAGCAGAAUAACUGUCUUUCAUUUGGACCUCCUUUAUUAUGAACUUUAAUCAAGGCAUGAGAGGAAGCAAUUCUACAGAUUGCCAUAUGAACUUGAGAAAGAGACACUUGAGGCCCUUGUGGAACCCAGUUUUGCUUAGUGUUUUCAGACUGAUUUGGGAGAUAUUCCAAAAUUUGGAAUUCUGUCAUAGUCUCCAUACUCUGCUGAGCUUUCUAAUGGCAUGCAAAUGGCUUUUUUGUUUGCACUUUUUACUUCUGCUUUUUGCAGGGAAGCUGCUAAAGAAUGUCGACGUCGGAAGAAAGAAUACAUAAAAUGUCUGGAGAGUCGUGUUGCAGUGCUAGAAGUUCAGAACAAGAAACUUAUACAGGAGCUUGAAACCCUAAAAGACAUUUGCUCUUCCAAAACAGAUUAGUAAAAAUAUUUAUUAUACUGUGAACUAAGAUAUGUCCAGUUGCUUUGUAAGACAAUACAUAGCCAACAUGACUUAUGGCUUUCUCUUUGUGUCAUUUAUAAUAUAUUCCAACUCCUAACAUUCCUGAAUGCUUUCCUGCUUUUUGUCAAUUCAUAGCUCUAAUUUCAGGUUUUUCAUGCACCAUCCUUCUGUCUCCCAAGGAGCCAAAUGUUAAAAAAUAUAACAAAGUAAAAAAGUGCAUAAUUUCCAAGAGCUGUUUCUUUGCCAUAUAUUUACAUACUACUUUUUACAUGUUAUUGACUGUCCUGCACAUUCAAAAUAUUUUGCAAUUAUUUUAGAUGAAUCAUAAAGAUAAUGCAUCCAAUAAUACAAGAAAAUCAAACAACCCAAGGUAUCUCAGGAAAGAGUUUAUAAAAGAAUGUUAUGAUUAUAUGUAUGUACUAGCAUACUAGUCUACAGAUUAUUUUAUGGCAUAUUUUUAUAUUAGUUGCUUUGUGGAAAAAAGUAUUGUAUUGCUGUCACUGAGUGCCAUGGUUAAAGAUAGUUUUUAAUAGAACCAUGUUGUU